AUGAAGACUGCAUUUUGUACUUUACUCGCUGGACUUUACAGUUUUCAGUUUUACUACGGAAAUCAAGGAUGUAGUUUGAACUGCAAAAACAAUACAUGCGAUGAAUCACAGAACUGUACUGAAGGGUGUAAUGAGGGGUAUUGGGGGACUGCUUGUACAUUAGAAUGUUCAUCGACUUGUUUUCGACAAGCUUGUAACCAAACUGUUGGUAAAUGUAUAUACGGUUGUAUACAGGGACGAUAUGGUGAUACAUGUGAGAGACGUUGCAGUUCCCGAUGUCUUGAAAACUUCUGCUACCAAAAUGGCACCUGUGUUAAGGGCUGUACACAAAAUUGGGCGGGAAAUCAAUGUGAUCAAUGCAAUUUCACACAUUACGGAGCUGACUGUUCCCAAUCGUGCAGUGUCAAUUGCGUACAAAGCGCAUGCACCAAUGAUACGGGUGUCUGCACAUAUGGGUGCAAAACAGGAUUCUACGGAGACAUGUGCAACAGUAAAUGCAGGAGGUGUCCACAGGGCUGUGACAGGGAAAUGGGGAAUUGUAGCGAACAUUGUCCAGUUGGAAGAUUUGGAGAAUUGUGUGAAAAAACAUGCAACAAAGGGUGUGUGAAUGGGUGUGCCAAGUCUUCGGGAACAUGCAACAGCUGUGUCGUUGGAAGAUGUGGAGAUUUCUGUAACGAGUCAUGCUACAUAUUCGAUAAAUGCCAAUACAACUCAUCUAAAUUAGAGGAAUUAGAAGAUCGAAAUUCAAGGAAUAUAUCUAUCAUCAAAACUGUGAUUGCAUUUCUCUGUAUAAGUCUCUUUAUCCAUGGAUGCAGCAUUAUAUGGAUUUUGAGGCAAAGAGUAUGUAAAACACGAGAGAAGAAACAGAAGACGAAGAAUGAUAAAUCUGCUUCCAAUGAACGCCCGGGAAUUUACGAUACAGUAGGGGAAAACGGUGGCUAUCAAGAAUUGGGUUAUGUCAGUGGACCAUCACAUUAUGACCGACUCUAAGAAGUUCAGGAGGGACAUGGUGAUAUUUAAAACUCUGAGAGGACACUCCCACCAACAAACAAUUUCAGGUCCUGCAAUUAUCUGAAAGAUAACACUGGAAAUAUACCAUUCAAUUUUAUGAUCAAAAAAUUUUAAUUUGUUAGACUAUCAUCAUUCAAAUACAGAAAGUGCUAAAGAGCUUUUAAUGAGUGGUUGAACGCGUGAUCAUAGAUCAUUUAACUUACAAACUACAGGUUGAAACAGACCGAAUUUAUACA